GUGCAGAUGCUCUGUAUGAUUGUCUGACUUUCUUGCAAGAAUAAACCCCGUUUUUUUUUCUUAUUCUGCAAUACUCUCAGAGUUAUUGCCUCACAAUAAGAGUUGGAAACAUUUUACCAUUACAAGGAGAGCGUCUCAGAGUGAAGUUCUCAUGGCGUCUCUCCAUACAUUACUGAUUCUGUGCGGAUGUGCCACAGCCCUGUGUUUGCCAACGUCUUCACUCACAGGCAAUACAGUGUUUGAUGUGGAUAAUGGAAAAGGCCAGGAUAUAUUUGAAAUAAAUGAAGCCGCAGGACUUGACCUGGUGGAAGGAGACAUUCUGAUAAAUGAGGGAGAAUACAGAAACACUAUUCUGGAUGAAAAGUAUCGCUGGCCAACCACUGUGCCAUAUGUCCUAGACUGCAGCCUUGAUAUCAACGCUAAAGGUGUGGUAAUGAGAGCACUUGAGCAAUACAGACUCAAGACCUGUAUUGACUUUAAACCCUGGGAUGGAGAGCCAAACUACAUUUUUGUAUUUAAAGGCAAAGGAUGUUACUCAUAUGUGGGGAAUCAACGGAUGGGGAAACAAAAGUUGUCAAUUGGUGAAGGCUGUGACAGUUUAGGAAUAGUGGAGCAUGAGUUUCUGCAUGCGCUGGGUUUCUGGCACGAGCAAUCCAGAUCUGACAGAGACGACUAUGUCACCAUCAUGUGGGACCAGAUUAAAGAGGGUGAAGAGCACAACUUUAAUUUACAUAAUGAAACGGAGUCAAGCUCUCUCGGUGUGCCCUAUGAUUAUGGUUCAGUCAUGCACUACAGUAAGACAGCCUUCAGCAAAGGCAGUAAGCCAACCAUUGUUACAAAAAUACCAGAAUUCUUGGAUGAGAUUGGUCAACGCAUGGAGUUUAGUGACAGUGACCUGCUCAAGCUGAACCGGCUAUACAACUGUACUACAGCCUCAAUAUUUCUGGACUCUUGCCAGUUUGAGGAGCCAAAUAUCUGUGGCAUGAUCCAGGGUGAUGGUGGAAAUGCCAAAUGGGCUCGUGUACAAAGAGUAAAGGGCGGUCCACAGACGGACUACACCAACCUGGGUCAAUGUAAAGGGGUUGGGUUCUUCAUGCAUUUCAGCACAGCCACAGGAACCAAGGGUGACAAGGCUUUCCUGGAAAGUCGCCUCUUUCACCCCAAAAGACGCUCCCAAUGCCUGCAGUUCUAUCAUUACAACAGCGGAAGUGAUGAUGACCAGCUAAACAUCUGGGUGCGUGAAUACACAGUUAAAAACCCCAAAGGAGCCCUGAGACUUAUUCAGAAGAUCAAAGGUGGAUUUCGAGGCUCCUGGGAACUAUACCAUGUUACGCUAAAUGUCUCUGAUAAAUUCAGAGUAGUGUUUGAAGGGGUUAAAGGAAGAGACACAUCAAAGGGUGGUCUGUCUCUAGACGACAUCAACCUUUCAGAGACCAAGUGUCCUCAACACAUUUGGCGCAUUCGUAAUUUUAAAAGGCUUCUCUCUACAACCCCUGCCGGUUCCAAAACCUACAGCCCCCGUUUCCUGUCCCCAGAUGGUUACUCAUUUCAGAUUUCUUUGAACAUUAAUGGCUUGAAGGAUAGUCCAGAUAUAAUGGCAAUAUACCUUCACUUAACCUCUGGACCCAAUGAUGACAAGCUCCAAUGGCCAUGUCCAUGGCGUCAGGCAUCUAUGGAGCUGAUGGACCAGAAUCCAGACAUCCAACAUCGCAUGAACAACAUUGAGAUGAUCACUACAGAUCCAAACAUGACUUUCACAGACUCCACAGGUAAUGUUAAGUAUUAUUGGGACAACCCACGAAAAGUAGGCAGUCUAGUCACUGACACAGAUGGUAGUAAAUUCUACCGGGGGUGGGGUUACGGAACCAGCCAUUACAUCACACAUGAUCGUCUGAAGAGCCGAAGCUUUAUUAAAGGAGAUGAUGUCAUCUUCCUCCUCUCCCUUGAAGACGUGACUGGACUUUUGGGGACUCAGACCAGAGAGUCUUGGAGACCGGAAAUCAGAGACCUGCGAUUAGAGAUUGAUGACCGUGAUGCGGGGGAGCCAAAGAGACAGAUGGUUAACCCCAGAGUCCUGGGACCAUGGAACAAAAGAUCCCCAUGAGAUGCAGCAUACAUCAAGAAGCCUCAAUGGAGAGAGAGAAAUCUUUCCAGAAUUGGCCGUAUAUUGUGAGCUGAGCUGGAGCUGGAGCUACUGAAUUAUAACCUGCAUUAAAAAAAAAAAAAAAAGAGAAGAAAAGAAAAGAAAAAAAAAACACUGAUAAGUUACAUGCUCAAGAAACAUUAUUACUAGAUUACAUUUCCUCCUUAAGAUGAAUUUCUUCUUGUUUUCCUCAUUUGUAAGUUGCUUUGGAUAAAACUGCUUGCAAAAUGAAUAAAUUUAAAAGCAUCAAAAGAAGUAGUCAACCAUUAAUGCUCCCACAGUUUAUUAGUGGUAUGUUGUAGUCUGUAACAAAGUGAUAUAUUAAAAUUAAUUGUAAUGUAAUUUACAUUCCUGAAUUUACAUAAAUUACAUUCCUGAACAGAAUCCAGCUGUCCAUUGGCACUGCACUAUAUGAGAAACAUCACAUUCUCUGAGACUAUGACCUGGUUGUCAUCCUGAUCCUGUAAAUGUAUGCCUGCAAUUGGACUGUAGGUUUAACCAGAUAUGUAGUCUCAAACCAAACAUCUUCUGUUUGUUUGGAGUGUUUGUUUGUUUGUUUUCUCUUCUUAGUUUUUGUUAUGUUUAGUUUGCAGUAAUAUUUUAUCAAAACCUACAGAGUGUUUAUUUAUUGUUUUUCUGCAUUUAUGCAAAAAUGUUGAAAAAGUGCCUUUUUCUGAUUUUCUUUCCAACGCAUUCAUUAUCUCUUCUCAGAAUGUGGCCAUUCCAUCUUGUUUUCUUUUUUUUUUACUCUUACAGCUUUCCACUUGCAGCUGUUUUCUGAUACUGUCAUUUGUCUCCUGAUCAUAUUUUGUUUGCCCUAAGGAGAAAUCACAUCAUCUUCAUCUCUGCUACUUCCAUCUGUCGUUCUUAUGCUUUAGUUACUGCCACUGCUUCUUUCCAUACAGCAUUGCUGGUCUGAUCACAGUCUGAUAAAAUUUUCCUUUUACUCUGGGGGGUAUCUUCUUCUCACACAUCACUCCUGUCAUUCUUUGCCAGCUGUUCCAUCCUGCUUGAAUCCUUGAUACUUCACCCUCCAGGUUCUUGAACUGUGGAUCCCAGGUACUUGAACUCUUUAGCUCAACUCCUUUACGCAGUCUGAUGACCUUCUUGUCCUGGGUGUCUUUUCCAGUUGCCAUGUACUGAGUCUUCUUUCUACUAACCUUCAUGCCUCUAAUCUCUAGGGCUUUGGUUCAGCUUUUGAGCCUUUCUUCUUUGGUUUUGGCUUU